UACUUCUCAAUAAAAUCAUAUAAAUAUAACCGCUCCAGAUUCCAUUUCCCCCAAAUUCACUUCACUCCCCCUUCCUCCUUCAACAAUGGCGGACGCCUCUCUUCACUACGCUCUCUACCUCCUCCUCUUCUUCCUCUCCUUUCUCUUCCUCUUCUUCUUCCUUCACAAACCGUCCAAAUCCGCCCCCGGAAAAAUCACUCUGCCUUCAUCUCCGCCGUCGCUCCCGGUGAUCGGCCACCUCCACCUCCUCCUCCCUGCGAAUCACAAGUCCUUCAUCAACAUCUCUUCCAAGUACGGUCCACUCCUCCACAUCCGCCUCGGCGCUCUGCAGUACGUUCUCGUCUCCUCCGCCUCCCUCGCCGCCGACAUCUUCAAAACGCAGGAUCUCGCCUUCUCCUCUCGCCCUGAUUUCGCGUUCAGCGAAGAGUAUCCGUACGGUAAGGUCGGAUUCCUUGGCGCUCCUUAUGGCGAUUAUUGGCGGUACAUGAAGAAGCUGACGAUGAUGGAGCUUCUUUCGCCGCCGCAGCUUGCGCGAUCGCGAUUUGUGAGGGAUGAAGAGAUCACUCGUAUGCUUCGAGACUUGCUCCUCUGUUCCAAGAAGAAGGAGUCAGUGGACUUGGGGGCCAUGUUGAUUAAGCUCACAAACAACAGCAUAUGCAGAAUGAUGAUGAGCACAAGAUGUUCUGAACAGAACAACGAAGCAGAAAAGAUCAGAAUAUUAGUAAACGACACCAUUGAAAUCGCUACAAAGCUCGCCUUCGGUGAUCUCUUCAGCCACGGUCCAUUGAAGAGGCUUCCAUUCUGGCUCUUCGGUAAGAAAACUCUCGACAUCAAUCUCAAAUUCGACGUUCUCCUUGAGAACAUUCUCCAACAGCACGAACAACGAGCCAAAAUCCACGGCCUCGACAGAGACGAUCGCGAUCUCAUGGAUAUAUUACUCAAAGCGUAUUUGGAUGAGAAAGCCGAGUUCAAAAUGACCAGAAAUCACAUCAAAGCCUUCUUGCUCGAUUUGUUCAUCGCCGGUACUGGAACGUCGGCCGAGGUUAUGCAGUGGACGAUGGCGGAACUAAUUAACCAUCCGGACGUGUUCCAAAAGGUCCGGCGAGAGAUCGAAUCGGUUAUCGGGACGAGACUCGUCGAAGAAACGGAUAUCACGAAUCUUCCGUACAUGCAGGCGGUGGUUAAGGAGUGUCUCCGGCUGUAUCCGGCGGUGCCGGUGGCGAGACGAGCGUGCCGAGAAACUUGCAAGGUGAAUGGAUUCGAUAUUCCAAAGGGCAUCAUGGUUGCAGUGGACCUGUUUGCGAUAAUGCACGAUCCAAAUCUGUGGGAGAAUCCAGACGAAUUUCGACCCGAGAGAUUCUACAAUACGAACUCUGGUAAAGAUGAAGGCGAUCAUCAAGGAACGAGGCACAUUCAAUACGAGAUUAAGGGACAGAAUUUCAGUUUUGUGCCAUUUGGAGGGGGAAGAAGGGGAUGCCCUGGUUCGUUGCUGGCGUACAACACGAUCAACAGGACGGUGGCGGCGUUGGUUCAGUGCUUUGAUUGGAAGGUUGGGAAAGAUGGAAAUGAAGAGAGAGUGAAUAUGGAGAUUGGAACUGGAAUUAGUUUGCCAAUGGCUCAUCCUUUGAUUUGUGUUCCUGUUUCUCAUUCCACUCCUUUUGUUGCUUAAUUACCCAAUUGUGAGAACUGCCAUGGGAGGUUUGGCUUCUAUUCUACACUUUUUCCUUAUGUGUUCUUAAGUUUUUGUAUUGUGUACCCACUUGAUUGAAUAAAUGCAUAUUAAUAACUAUGAUUAUAAUGGAAUAUGUGUGGCUCCAAAA